AUGCCAACCCCAGCCAAGCUAACAAAAGACAAAGCUGCCGCCGUGGCCUUGCGACCGGAGACGGUCGAAUUCUUCGCCAGGGUGAAGGCGUUCCUCGGGCAGCGCCAGGAGAGCGAGCGGCUGUACGCGGAACUCUGCGCGGCCGCGCCCGAGGCGGCGCGGCGACUGGAGACGCUCAGCGUAGAGGGCGACACCGAGCGGAAGCAGACCACCAAGACCGUCGACGAGCUCUUCGCGCAAGCCAAUGCCGUCCUCGGCGAGUUCGGCACGCGCCUCGAGGCCGCGGCGGCCGCCUGCCCCGGAGACGUCGAGUGCAAGGUCGCGCCGCUGAAGCGGCGCACGCGCGUGCUCGAGAAGAUGGCCGACGACUACGCCGACGAAAAAUACCCCUCGCAAGCGGUGAAAGAUGUGGUGAGAGGCGCCAUAUUCGUGAGCUCGAUCGACGCCGUCAUGGCGGCGUACGACGGCGUCGCGGAGCGCUUCGAGGUCGUGCGCGUCAAAAAUCGCUUUGCGAACCCGACCUUUUGCGGCUUUCGGGACUGUCUCUGCAACGUCGACGUGGAAGGUCACAUUUGCGAGAUCCAGAUCCACGUGACCGAGGUCAAGGCCAUCGCCAAGCGCAGCGACAGCCACGCGCACUACGAGUUCUUCCGCUCGUAUUUCGCCGGCAACGAGGCCACGGUCGUCGCACAGCGCAUGGACGUUCUGGAAAGAUGGAACAACGGCGGCGUGGACGCGGAUGCGGUGCUCGAGCUCUGCGCGGACGCCCAGGCGAACGAGGACGAGCUGCGGGCGGUCUGGUCCUUGCUGCGUCAGAUGUGCGAGGUGGGCCUGGCGCGGACGGUGGCGUCGGCGCUCGUCGGCGCGCGCGCUCCGGCGGCCUGCGAAGCGCUUGGCGAGCCGUACCGCCCCGUACGCCACGCCACGCUGCUCGUCGAAGCAGCUGAGGUCGAAGUGCUCGGGGGCGCGUACGACCUGGCCGAGACGCUGUACGUCCAGGCCGAGGAAGCUGUGAAGGACUCGACUUCGGUUGUUUCGGACUGGGUGCGAAAUACGGCUCGCGGUGGGCGAGCCAAGGCUGCGCGACUGGCGGGCGACUUCGAGCGCGCGUACAAUCUUGCCAGCGAAGCGCUCGCCGAGGCGGAGAAACGACGGAAAGCUGCGCCGGCCGAGUAUUUUGCGGCCCUGAACACGGUCGCCGCCGCGGCCGGCGCCCUGGCGGACCACGACGCCAAGGAGAAGAAGUCGACAGCGAAGAAGCGCUACGCGACUGCCGCCGAGUAUUUGCGCGAGGUCCUGGCCUACUACGGCGACGACGACGACAAGGUCUCGGCCGUAUCGUGCAAUUUAGCGGCGGUCCUCGAGUCGAUCGGCGACGACAAGGCACUGAGGGAGGCGAAGACCGUUGUGGAGGACGCAGUCGCGCGGCGGAUCCGGGCGUCGGGCGCGGAGGCCAUCGAGCUCGCGGCCCUGCGGAACAAUGCCGCGACGAUCUGCCACAAGCUCGGGGAACUGGACGACGCGAUCGGCCACAUGACCGCGGCGCUCGGCCUCACGGAGAAGAUCCAAGGGGAACACCACCCUGCUGUGGCGCGCCGGGCGGGCAACCUCGGCCUGCUGCUCCAGUCGAAGGGCGACCUCGAAAAAGCGGAGGCGUCCUUUGUCAAGGCGCUGGCCGUCGCCGAGCAAACAAAGGACCCGUACGCGGCACAGGCCCGGGAGAACCUCGAUCUCCUGCGGCGGGAGAAGAGCGGCGCCGUGAGCGUCCACCGCGGCGGGGGCACCGCGCCAAAGCAAAAGGGGACCGUCCUCGAGCGCGGCACCGCGGCGGACGUAUCCAGCCUCGCGGACGUCGUGUUCCCGCCAAAGCCCGACGGUGCGGCCACGGAGGUCGCGAAGCUCGCCAAGGGCAAGGCGGCGCUCGUCAAGCGCGAGGUCGCCGUGGAGGGCACGAGAUACGCGGUCUUCGCGCUCUACAACAACGACAGGCCCGAGAGCACCGUGGAGAUCACGAUGAAAUUCGCGGGCUCCGAGGGCGUGACCAUCGUCGACGAGCAGGAUCAGCCCGCCAAGAAGAAGAAGAAGCUCGAAGCGACGGCCUCUGUCGAAGGAGGAGCCGUCGGCAUCGUCGCGCGGCUCCGCUUGGAGCCGGCAAACUCCCUGAAGUUCAAGAUCGCGUGCUCGCACAAGGCGCUGCAGAUGGCUGGCGGGCCUAUGGGUGGGCGUGGCGGCGGCGGCCGGGGACGCGGUCGCGGCGGACGCGGGCUCCGGCGCUCCAAAACGUCGCCUGCUGCUAUGGGCGUGGGGUCGCUGUAUGCGGGGCUUGAGUAA